AUGAGCUUCCCCAACGAACCCUUCUUCCAACGUCUGGUUGAAUUUGCCAAUGGUCCUCCCCGUGUCAUAAUCAGUGAUGAUAUCUCAGGCAUUAGAAUCACCUAUCGACAGUUGAUGUCGGGGGUGCUUCGAUUCCGGCAACUCCUUCAGCAGCGACUGCCCCAAGCCGCCCUGGAUAGCAGCAAGAUGCUUCGCGAACCUAUCGGUAUAGGAAUCCUCGCCCCAGCCAGCGUGGAAUUUGUCGUGGCAUUUCUGGCAAUCCUGUCUCUCGGUGGCAUGAUUGUUCCUUUAUCCACAGCCGAGCCGGCUGAAGCAACCUGCGGCCGCAUCGCGAAAUCCAACGCUGCAUGUGUCGUAUAUAGCCCACAGCAAGCCGAACUCAUGUGGUUCAUCCGGCGCCGCGCCCUGCUCACCAACGGCCGGGAAAUCCAGUCCAUUGCCAUUAGCGCUCACGCUGGUGACAUCUCCCCAAGUCUCCUGUUCGCCACAGAUCAACCGACCCAUUUCCCAUCCACGCGCACCGCGCUUCUCCUCUUCACCUCAGGAACCAUGGGUCCACCCAAAGGCGUCCUUCACUCAAGGCAAUUCUUCAACGCCGACGUCGAUCCUGUUGGGACCGAGGCCGACGCCCUCCUCUUCGCCCGAGCAGCAGGUUAUAUCGGAGCCAUCCGCCUGAUGGUCAACAUGCUUCUGCGGGGCAUCCGAAUUGAGCUGUGGCCAUAUCUGGUGGAUGCGGACAUGAUCUGGGAGCGUCUGCGACAAGGCGGGAUCACCGUACUUCAUUUGUUGCCGACCAUAUGGCGGAAACUAAUGCUUGUGUACCGCGAUAAGUUAAGUAUGCUCCCCUCCAUCGAGCGGGAAGAGUACUGCGCUGGGGCACGCCAGCUGCGCGAAGCGACCGCUGGUGGGCAGGUGAUGCUGCAGGAGGUCAAAAUGUUUUGGCAAGAUAUGCUAGGUGGGCGAUGCGUGACUGUUAUCUAUGGUGGGACGGAGAUGGGGAUCUCGCCGUUCAAAGCGUUGGGGGAGGAUACUCUCGUGGAGCGAACUAUCGGAAAACCUGUGCCCGGAAUAGACUUUAAGCUGAGUGAGGGCAACAGAGGAGAGCUGCUCGUCAAGACUCCUGUGCUUUUUACAGGGUACCUGGAUAAUCCCAAGAGUACAUGCAAUGCCUUUGAUGACGAGGGGUUCUUCCGCACCGGCGAUAUCGUCCGCUACAACGGCAGCGUGUAUGAGAUUGAAGUCAUCCCCACAUUCGGUGGCAGGGUAUCAGCGCCCAAGAUCAGUAAAGCUCUCCUGGACCUCCCCGAGGUGGCAGAAGGGCACAUCUUCGCGGUCCCAGAUCCGAAGUAUGUCAAUCAUAUCGCAGCUCUGGUGCGUUUACAGGCCGGUGCGAUAGAUUCCCAAGAACGAGGCACGUUGAGCCUGGCGGCCCUACGACGAGAUCUCGCGCAUUCACUCACCGAGCAUGAGCUUCCGACCCUUCUCCGGCUUGUGGGAGUUGGGGAGGAGGUUCCCCAUGGUGUAUCAGGGAAGCUCAUGUACCAAAAAGCUCGCGAGCGGUUUUUCCCCCCGGAAUCGGUGUCUCUACCUGAGGUGGAGGCUUGGGUGAUGGUGUGA